AUGCAAAGAAGGCGCUUCCCAGUCUUAUGGAGGGGAUGCGGAGGGGGAGUCAACAGGAAGGGCCUCGGAAGGAGCUUCACAACACACGAGGGGGAAGAUUACAAAAGGAAUAACGCCUUCGAAAUGUGGAAAUGCCAUAGCGCAGAAACAUACAGAGCCGACUUAUCAUUUCACGACAGCUUUAAAAUUAGUGAAGAUAAAGAAUUGCUCCUCAGCACAAGGGUAAGCAAAUAUAAGAAUGUAAAACAUGCCAACAUCAAAUUUUUGUUUCUCUUUCUAACGUUUAGCCAGCCAUGCUGCAACCAUUUUCUUUGUAAGACGAACCCGAGGAAUGCAAUCCGCACCCAGGUGCUAGCCAAACUGAACUACCUCCUCUUGAUAAAGAAAAUCCUCUCAAAUGAUUCGACACAGAAUAGGUUCAUAAAUUUUCUCCACUUGAAUUAUGUCUUACCCAGAAGGGGGAGAAAUAAAGUUUCACUCGAUGAGGAACGGACGGAUGACACGUACGUUGGUGCUUCUCCCGAUGGGUACCCACCCCUGUUUGGUACGAAAUUUCUCGAAAGGGACAAUCCUCCGAGGAGUACUCACGAUGGAAAUUCUCACCGAGCGGAACAUACCAAUUGGGUUGAGCCCCCCCGAGGCGUGACAAACUUCCGCCUAAACGAAAUAAGGCAGCUAUUCCAAAAGGGGGAGUACGAAAUUGUUAUACACAGCAAUAUCAAGAAUAGACUCCUAAACCACGUUUAUGUGGACGACCUAGAUGGCCACAUAAAGACGCAGAUUAAUUACCUCAACAUGUUUGUCAACCAAGUGACGGAUAAGACGAUGCUACUGGAAUUAUACUCCUUUGUCGAUUAUUUCUUUGGCCAGAUGGGGAAGCAUGCGAAUGAGUUUUUAUUUUUCCUAGACAGACUAGCCGAUAAACUGUUACCCAGAAUGAACUUGGUAGAUUUAGCCUUCAUCUUCCACAUGCACAUAAAGCUGAAUUAUUACAAUCAUUUGUUCUUAUUCAUGUUGGUCCGAAAAAUGGAGCUUCUUUUACUUUCCCUCUUCACCUAUCCAGAGGGAAAUAAAGAACUAGCCAAUCUGUACAUGCGAAGAAUAAAGUAUAACCAGAAAUCCCUUGUCCUAUUUUUCCACUCCUUGACAAAUUAUUUUUUUUAUCUCAACCAACUCGAAGGGGGGACAAGAUACAAGGACAAACAGAUCCAUAUCGAACGUUUCCUUUAUGGCAAACUGGGGGCACUCCACGUCUUGCAACACAUGAAGCGAAAUUACCAAUCGUAUUCCUUGCUAGACUACACCUUAGUCUUUUCCUCCCUCAACAAACUGGGAAUACAAAAUGAGCUACUCAGUUCGGUUCUACUGGAUUAUAUAGAAAGAAUCGGAUCAUUUCUGCCAACAAAUGCGAACUCGCAGAAGGGAAAACUCCCCACCUUAACCACCUCCCUCAGUGGAGGCAACCUCCAUCUCUAUGCCUCCGUUUUGAGCACCUUUACAAAGUGCUUCAAAUCCUAUCGGUACUGCAGGGGUCAAUACGAGAGAGUCAUGCGGGUGUUACUUAUCCUGUUUGAAAAUGGGCUAUGGGUUAUCUCCAAAUUGUUCGUCAGUGAAGGGAAGAAUUUGCUCUGCCCUCGGGGUGAUCACAAAAUGGCCGAGUUGAGAAGGCCGCUCAGCAGAAGCGACUUAUCGGUGGAGGAAUCGCACUCGCGAAUGGUUACAUCGCAACUAGAUGAACAGAUCAAAUGCGCCAAUGCAUUGAACCGUAAGAGUGACGUCCCCCCCGAGGGGGAAAAUCCCAAUGAAAAACCUACCUAUUUUGCCUUCAUUAAGGUUCUACAGUUGGAGAGGAGAAAAAGCAAAGUGUGUAAUAUGGGAGAAGCCCCCUCACGAGAGGCAUGCAAGGAAGAUAGCGUGCCAUGUAGAGCAGGGGACUCCCCAGAUAGACCCAUCCACCAAACGGAAGUCGAAACAUAUAGCUAUUGCAAGACGGUGUACCAUGUGCAAAACGUCCGAGAUAACAUCAAAUUCAUCGUUAAUUGUCUGAACUCCACCUACAAACUGGUUAAUCACUUUAUUGAAAUGUUUAAAGUGAAGGAACACAGCAAGCAGUUCAAUCGGAUUCUUCUGUACAAUUUUUGCAAUCAGCUCAUUUAUGAGAAAGAGAAGAUCUACCAUUAUGGAGGCUAUUUGGAUAAAUUGCACAACUGCACUGUGCAUAGCAGCAGACUGUUUGACUACCGCGAGGGGAGGGUACACAUAAAUCGGUUAUUUAUGUGCGCCUACUUGCAGAGUUUCCUGCUCUCUGAUUUGGUCAAUGUGUAUGUCGGUGGAAUGGUCGAGGGGUUACGUGAUGGGAUGCCACCAACAAUGGGACCAUCCAACGAGUCGACGUUCUUCUCCCAGCUGGCCGCCAACACUUUGGGGGCCAUCCAAAACUUGAAGCUUCUACGGUACGAUAUUUUUGCUAACAUCACAUACAUCCUCAGAAGGGAAUACUUCAAACUGGAAGUGUUUAACGCGGGGAAUAUUAUCCACUCCUUUGCCUCCGUCAAGCUUAGGGACGUGCAGAUAAUCGAACUUCUAACGAAGCAUCUUAUAUCUCACGCAAAUGACAAUCUGGGGAGUGACCACGAGAUAGGUGAACAGACACUCAGCAAUGUCUCCAUCUCGCUAUUAAAACUUGAUUUUCCGAACGAAAAAUUUAACGAAAUUAUUUUCCGAAAUUACAAAAGGGUCCAAUCUGUGCACUCACUCAUAAAUAUAACCCUCUACUUAUGCUACUACAAUUUUAUGAGCUCCCUUCUGCUGCAAAAUCAUUUUACUCACCUUUUUGAGCACGUGAAUAUAGCAGAUAUGAGCAUGCUGACCGUCCAAAACCAGACACAGUUACGUCUCAUCGCUCUUUUAACUUUGUACGUUCAUCAUUAUUCUGCUGGGGAGAGACACAAGUGGGAGGAUGCGAAGGGGACUCCCUCUGGAAAGAUUUCCACCCAUUUGAAUGAAUGUGGAGAAGUCGUUCUAGCCCCAACGAUAAGUAACAAACGGGGAGCUCAAACUGCAGAGGGGAAUUACAAAGUGGAACACAUGGGAGGGAGAAGACAAAGAAGCGCGUUCCCCGACUCAGGGUGCACACAUGUCGUCCCCUCGUCCAUAAACAUGUUCGAAAUUUUGGCGCACAAACGUAUGAGGAACCCACCAAUGGAGACGACCCCGCUGUUAAGUGAGAGGGACUACUUAAACCUCCAUUUCAUCGGGGCAUUCCCCUUUUCCGCACCUCCUAUCGAAACUACCUCCAGCUUGCAUGACGAAAUUUACGACGUGGUAGCGUCACUGAGUCUUCCACGUCGCCUGACAAAGGAGUUGCCGCACUACCCCUACUACGUCGAUAUAGUGCUUGCCUAG